AUGAAACCCCCCACAAACUUUAUCAGCAAAAUCCCUGCAACAUAUGCAGUUUCCGCUGAUCUGUACCUUCGUUGUCACCCCCCUGAUCCUCUUUCCUCGAACACUUCACUUUCUCCCUCCCCCAAUACUCGUAAAAUCGUUGAUCAUCCAGCAAUGGCGUCGAGAAGUGAUAUCGUGUUCGAGGAUUUCUUUCCAUCCAUGGUGGAGAAAUUGGGUGAAGAAGGGUUUAUAAAUGAGCUGUGUAAUGGGUUUCGAUUAUUGAUGGAUGGGGAGAAGAAAGAGAUCACUUUUGAGAGCUUGAAGAAGAACUCUGCUGUGCUAGGGUUGCAGGACUUGAAUGAUGAUGAAUUGAUGUGCAUGGUGAGAGAAGGUGAUCUGGAUGGAAAUGGAAGCUUAAAUCAGAUGGAGUUUUGUGUCCUCAUGUUUAGGUUGAGUCCUGAGUUGAUGAAAAGAUCAAAGAGGUUGGUAAUAGAAGCUGUAAUGAAAGAGUUGGAAGGCCUGUAA